AUGGGUGCUACCGAUGUCCUCAGCCGCAAGUCCGGCGUCAUUGUUGGUGAUGAUGUUACCAAGCUCUUCGAGUACGCUCGCGAGCACCAGUUCGCCAUCCCCGCCGUGAACGUCACCUCCUCUUCCACCGUCGUCGCUACCCUCGAGGCUGCCCGCGACAGCAAGUCUCCCAUCAUCCUGCAGAUGUCUCAGGGCGGUGCUGCCUACUUCGCUGGCAAGGGUGUUUCCAACGGCGACCAGGCCGCUUCCAUCGCCGGUGCCAUUGCUGGUGCCCACUACAUCCGCUCGGUCGCUCCCGCCUACGGCGUCCCCGUCGUCCUGCACACCGACCACUGCGCCAAGAAGCUCCUCCCAUGGCUCGACGGUAUGCUCGACGCCGAUGAGGCCUACUUCAAGCAGCACGGCGAGCCCCUCUUCUCCUCCCACAUGAUCGACCUUUCCGAGGAGCCUGUCGAUUGGAACGUCGCCACCACCGCCGCCUACCUCAAGCGCGCUGCCCCCCUGAAGCAGUGGCUCGAGAUGGAGAUCGGUAUCACCGGUGGUGAGGAGGACGGUGUCAACAACGAGGACGUCGACAACGCCUCCCUGUACACCCAGCCCGAGGACAUCCUCAACAUCUACAACACCCUCUCCGCCAUCUCCCCCUACUUCUCCAUCGCCGCUGGUUUCGGCAACGUCCACGGCGUCUACAAGCCCGGCAAUGUCAAGCUGCACCCCGAGCUCCUCGGCAAGCACCAGGCUCACGUCAAGGCCGCCAUUAAGUCCUCCAACGAUAAGCCCGUCUUCUUCGUCUUCCACGGUGGCUCCGGCUCUAGCAAGGAGGAGUACCUCGAGGCUAUCAGCCACGGUGUCGUCAAGGUCAACAUGGACACCGACAUGCAGUUCGCCUACAUGAGCGGUAUCCGCGAUUACAUGCUCAACAAGAAGGACUACCUCCUGACUGCUGUCGGUAACCCCGAUGGUGACGACAAGCCCAACAAGAAGUACUUCGACCCCCGUGUCUGGGUCCGUGAGGGUGAGAAGACCAUGGCCAACCGUGUCAAGGUCGCUCUUGCCGACUUCAACGCCACUGACAAGCUGUAA